AUGUUGGUGCUCAUGCCUGUAGUCCUUGCUGGGAAGCUGCUGGGAGUUCUGGAACAGCUAAUGAGCUUCGUGUGGAGCAGCCUGAUUUCUCUUUGCUUCCAGCUCAGAGCCACCCUUUGGCUGAUAGGGACCAAGAGUAGAAAACAACAGUUGAGAAGGAGAAAAGAAGACACUGGAGAGGAAGAAUGCUCACUUGCUGAGCCCAUCACUCCCACCAGCGUCAAUUAUCACUUCACCCGCCAAUGCAACUAUAAAUGUGGAUUCUGCUUCCACACAGCCAAAACAUCCUUUGUGCUGCCCCUGGAGGAGGCCAAGAGAGGGCUGACGCUGCUCAAAGAAGCAGGUAUGGAAAAGAUUAACUUUUCUGGUGGAGAGCCAUUUAUUCAUGAUCGAGGGGAAUAUCUGGGUAAACUGGUGAAAUUCUGCAAAGAGGAGCUUCAAUUGCCCAGUGUGAGCAUCGUAAGCAAUGGGAGCCUGAUCCGGGAAAAGUGGUUCAAGGACUACGGUGAAUAUUUGGAUAUUCUUGCCAUCUCCUGUGACAGCUUUGAUGAGCAAGUCAAUAUCCUGAUUGGCCGUGCUCAAGGAAAGAAGAACCACGUGGAAAAACUUCAAAAACUGAGAAAGUGGUGUAGGGAUUAUAAAGUGGCUUUCAAAAUUAAUUCUGUCAUUAACCGCUUUAAUGUGGAUGAGGAUAUGAAUGAACACAUCAAAGUCCUGAACCCUGUACGCUGGAAAGUCUUCCAGUGCCUCAUCAUUGAAGGGGAGAACUCUGGUGCAGAUGCUCUGCGGGAAGUAGAAAGAUUCCUCAUCAGCGAUGAUGAAUUUAAAGACUUCCUAGAGCGCCACAAAGACUUAUCCUGUUUGGUGCCCGAAUCUAACCAGAAGAUGAAAGAUUCCUACCUUAUUCUAGAUGAAUAUAUGCGCUUUCUCAACUGUCAAAAUGGACGGAAGGAUCCUUCUAAAUCUAUCCUGGAUGUUGGAGUAGAAGAAGCUAUAAAAUUUAGUGGCUUUGAUGAAAAGAUGUUUCUGAAACGAGGAGGGAAAUAUGUAUGGAGCAAGGCAGACCUGAAGCUGGAUUGGUGAUGCUGAAAGUGGAACACACCUUUAAUACACCCUGGUGCUGACCUACUCAAAGGGUGGCACCUCUGUCAACCAUGAUUCCUGUUGUCAUUUCUCUGGAAAGCAAAACCUGAUGUUUCUAUGA